AUGGAGAUCGCUACUGUCGUUAAGGCAAAUGGCGGGUGUGAAGCGGAUCGACGAUGGCUUCGCCGAUUGAAAUGCUCCGUUAAGGAUUACGAUUGGGGCAAAAUUGGAUCGGAUUCACUCGUUUACAGGGUUUAUGCGGCUAACUCAGAUGACCAGAUCGAUUCCACCCGGCCGUACGCCGAGCUUUGGAUGGGGACUCACGAGUCCGGUCCUAGUUACUUGGAGGAUGCUGAUGGGUCCAAUGGCGUGACCCUUAGAUCGUGGAUUGCCGAAAACCCUAAAUCUCUCGGAGAUAGGGUUUUGGAGAAAUGGGGUUGCGAUCUCCCGUUCCUGUUCAAGGUGUUGUCGGUGGCAAGGCCCUUGUCGAUCCAAGCACAUCCAGAUAAGAAUUUGGCAAAGAAAAUGCACAAAGCUCAUCCAAAUCUUUAUAAAGACGACAAUCACAAACCAGAGAUGGCUUUGGCCUAUACCCAAUUCGAGGCUCUGUGUGGGUUUAUACCUCUUCAGGAGCUUAAGAGUGUCAUUCGGGCGAUUCCAGAGAUUGAAGAACUUGUUGGGAAUGAAGAAGCAAACCAAGUCUUCUGCAUCAGUGAACAUGAUGAGGAGAAAGUGAAGUCUGCUGUGCGAACAAUCUUCACCCUGCUAAUGUCUGCUGGUCCCGAUACAACAAAGCAGAUUGUAUUCAAACUAAAACGCCGUCUGCAUAUGGAGAGUCAGGAACGCCAACUGACAGACAAGGAACGGCUAGUUUUGAAGCUAGAGAAGCAAUAUCCAGAUGAUAUUGGGGUCAUAUCUGCAUUCUUUUUCAACUAUGUGAAGCUCAAUCCUGGUGAAGCCUUAUACCUCGGUGCAAAUGAGCCCCACGCAUACUUAUUCGGUGAGUGCCUUGAGGUCAUGGCGACUUCAGACAACGUAGUCCGAGCUGGCCUUACUAACAAGCCUCUGGAUAUUCAAACCCUUUGUUCCAUGCUCUCGUACAAACUGGGCUUCCCUGAAAUCCUAAAGGGAUCAAGGAUUCGACCAUAUAUUACAAGAUACCUCCCACCUUUCGAGGAGUUUGAAGUUGAUCUCUGUGAUCUUCCCUGUGGAGCCUCGACAGUGUUUCCCUCUGUUCCAGGCCCUUCUCUUCUGCUUGUACUCCAAGGUGAAGGCAGAAUGUCUACAGACGCUUCAGCUGAUGAGAUUUCAAUGGGAGAUGUUCUAUUUGUGCCUGCAGAUACUGAGAUUCACUUAAAGUCUUCAUCCGACUUGAAGCUGUACAGAGCAGGAGUGAACAGUAGGUUUUUGUAUUCUCUAUAG